AGAAUAAGUAGUGUGAUUAAGAUUGAACAAAACAAACAAGCAAGAGAAAGAAAGAAUGGUGAACAAAAAUGUGUUCCCAUUUGUGGGAAUGGUGAUGGUUGUUAUGUCACAGAGUGGGGGAAUGGUGAUAAACAAAGCCGCUAUGAGUGAUGGAAUGAAUAAGUAUGUCAUGCUUCUCUAUUCUUACUUCAUCUCCACCUUCCUCCUCCUCCCCUUUCCAAUCCUUCACUACUUCAGAUCUGAUGAGGGUACUACUACGCUCACGUUCUCCUCACUAUGGAGCUUCUUUUUGCUUGGUUUGAUUGGAUGCUCAGGGCAGAUAUUGAGUUACGUUGGCAUAGAACUUAGCUCACCGACUCUUGCUUCCGCCAUGCUUAACCUCAUACCUGCUUUCACUUUUCUAUUAGCUCUUAUUUUCAGGAUGGAAGAAGCAUGUUGGAGAGAUUUGAGGACUCAAGCUAAAGUGUUAGGCACUGCAGUGUCAAUUGGAGGAGCAUUUGUUGUGAUAUUUUUCAAGGGUCCAGCAAUCUUGAAUAAUACACAGUCCACCACACUCUCACUUCAAUUUUCACAGCAAGUGAAUUGGAUCUUAGGAGGAUUCUUCUGUGCUUGUGAUUCUUUCUUAGGUGCCCUUUGGUAUAUUUAUCAGACUUCAAUUGCAAAGAAAUGCCCUGAAUUAAUGGUGAUGGUGUUCUUCCAGAGCUUAUUUUCAACGUUGGAGUGUGCAUUAUUUGCGUUGUUUGCGGUUAGAGAUGCAGAGGCAUGGUUGCUCAAGCUUCAUACAGGUUGGCUUGCCAUGCUAUAUCAGGGAAUAGGCGCAAACGUGAUACGGUUCAUCUUAUUGACAUGGUGCGUAAGACGAGCAGGGCCUCUGUUUUGCUCCAUGUUUAAGCCAGUGGGAAUCAUCUUCACUGUUUUCAUGGGUGCAAUCUUCUUGGGGGAUCAUUUUUACCUUGGAAGUUUGGUUGGUGCGGUUAUAAUUGUAGCAGGGUUUUAUGUUGUGAUGUGGGGAAAGGCUGCUCAAGAGGACAAGAUUGACAUUCAUUACUUGGAAUCAGCAUCUUGUAAUAAUAAUGUUCCCCUCUUGCAAAAAAACACCGCGUAGUAAUAACUAGUGGAAAUCCAUCAACAUCUUAUUAUGCUGUCAAGUGGAAUCGCAUCGAAAUUUAAAAAAUGAUGAAGGUAGUGUUGAUACGGAUAUUAAGAGAUUCGAUGUUUACAAGUUUUUAUGGUACUCUUGGUAAGUUUUGGAGAUGAAAAAUACUGAAAUGUGUAAAUGUAAAUUUUUUUUGAAAAGAUAUAAUCUUAAUGGAUUAC